AUGUGCGGCAUCUUCGGCUACGCCAACUACGGCAUCCCGGUCUCCCAGCACGCCAUCCUCCGCACGCUUCUCACCGGCCUGCGUCGCCUCGAGUACCGGGGCUACGACUCUGCCGGCCUCGCGCUUGACGGAGCCUCCAUUGAUGAUCAAACCGUUGAAACCCUCAUCCAAUCCUCUCUCACCAAGCCCCGCUCCCUCUCCAACCACGUCGGCAUCGCCCACACCCGCUGGGCCACCCACGGCGCCCCCUCCGUCAUCAACUCUCACCCCCACGUCUCCGACGCUGACGCCCAGUUUGUCGUCGUUCACAACGGCAUCAUCACCAAUUUUAAACCCCUCAAGGAAAUGCUCCUCUCCAAGGGCUAUCACUUUGACAGCGAAACCGAUACCGAAGUCAUCGCUAAGCUCCUCAAGUAUCUCUACGAAACCGUCCGCGAGCCAGACGCCCGCCUAACCUUUCCCCGCCUCGUCAUGCAUCUCAUGCACGCCAUCGACGGUGCGUACGCCCUCCUCCUCCGCUCCACAGCCUACCCCAACGAGCUCGUAGCCUGCAAGGUAGGCUCACCGCUCGUCCUCGGUCUCAAGCCUGCUACGCACGAGGAAAUCAUUAAGGAGGGCUCCAAGGCUAACUUCUUCUUCAGCUCGGACGCCAGUGCCCUCGUCGAGCAUACCGACAAGGUCGUCUACUUUGAGGACAAUGACAUCGCACACAUCAGCAACGAGGGAGAGCUUCAGAUGUUCAACUUCGGCGACCCUGCCACCCGCGCCAUCACCUCCAAUCGAAGCAUCGCCACCCUUGACAUGGAGCUCGAGCAGAUCAUGAAGGGCUCAUAUCCGCAUUUCAUGCUCAAGGAAAUUUACGAGCAGCCAGAUUCGCUUACACAGACAAUGCGCGGGCGCGUCAUUUCCCACGAUUCCAGUCCGGACGACGUGAGCCGCAAUCACCGCGGUGAUGUGCACCUUGGCGGGCUGUCGCAACGCAUCGGCGACUUUCGCCGUUCCUCGCGGAUCAUCUUCGUCGCCUGCGGCACUUCCUUCCAUUCCUGUCUUGCCGGCCGCCAGGUGAUGGAGGAACUCACCGAAUUGCCCGUCUCUAUCGAACUCGCCUCCGAUUUUCUUGACCGCGAGACCCCGCUUUUCCGCUCCGACGUAUGCGUGUUUGUAUCGCAGUCAGGUGAAACGGCGGAUACUUUGGAGGCACUCAGGUAUGCCAAAAAGUGCCAAGCCUUGACGGUGGGGGUGGUAAACGUCGUCGGCAGCAGCAUUGCUCGGUUGACAGACUGUGGUGUCCAUCUCAACGCGGGGGCUGAGAUUGGCGUUGCUUCUACGAAGGCAUACACGUCCCAGAUCCUCGUCCUCAUCAUAAUUGCACUCCAACUCAGCGCCGAUUCAAGAGCGAAACAAGGGAGGCGACGGGAAAUCCAUGAUGCCCUGCUCACUUUGCCCAACCUCGUCACAAAGACACUCAAGGAUCUCGACGGGAGGAUGAAGGGGAUCGCGGAACGAUUGAAGGAGAACACCUCAAUUUUGUUGUUUGGAAGAGGUUUUCAUUAUGCGACGUGCAUGGAGGGUGCACUGAAGAUCAAGGAGCUCAGCUACAUUCAUACGGAGGGCAUACAUGCUGGGGAACUAAAACAUGGACCCUUGGCCCUUAUCGAUGAGAAUAUGCCAGUGAUCUUGUUUGCUGGCAAGGAUGCCUGUUCCGGUAAGGUUCAAAACGCCUUGCAUCAGGUCACAGCGCGGGGAGGGAUUGCCAACAUGUUGAUCGUCGGUACAGAAGGCGAUUCGGAGAUAGAAAAGUUCAGUGAUAAGGUCGAACUCGUGCAAGUUCCGAAAACUGUUGACUGCUUGCAGUGCGUGUUGGCGAUUAUCCCAAUGCAAUUGUUGAGCUAUCAUCUUGCCGUGGCUCGAGGCCUGAAUGUUGAUCAACCACGAUCUCUUGCCAAGAGCGUGACAGUGCAGUGAGGAUGUCGCGUACUCCGUUCAACCGAUAUCCUUUCUCUGCAAUAUUUAUUUUCAAGACUGGGGCCAGAAUGCGGUACUUCAGUAUGCCGCAUUUUUUUGUCAAAACUGUAGACGGAUGCAAUAGAAUCGUUCUCAGGUAGUGCACAAUUUCAUCUUCAACAUCCGCUCUCAACAUCCGCUCUCACUUGCGCCUGGGUAAAUGAAACGUUAGCACGGACUA